AUGUCUGUAAUUCGACCUGUAAUUCCUGAAAACAAAGAAGUACUUGAAUGGUGUUCUGAUUUUAGCAAAUUUGAAACUUAUUUCGACAAAGUGCCCUUGGAUAGACGACAAGAAGUCGGUGGUCAAAAACUUAAAUCUCUGCUUAGUGAAACCGAUUUUCCCGGUCCUAUUCCGCUAUCUUCGAAUAAUCCUAUUACUUUCUCGCUGUCUACACAUCAAUUUCAGUCAGUGAGAAUCGCGUGCAGGAUUAUACAAAAAACGCGAUUAUAUUUACAGCAUAUUGAACAAAAUGUACCUAUUAAUGUACAACCUGCAGUCUUUCAUGCUUUGAUUCCACUCGGAAACCAUCCUUACAAUAGGGAUCCGCGUCAUGAUCCUGUAGUUUUAUUUCAUCGAUGGAUAAUAAGAUCAAAGUACAAUAACGUCAACUUUGGUUUUGAAUUUGAUCCAGAUGAAAAGUCCAUUAUAAUGUUGGAAAAUUUGUAUGAACGAUUGGGAAUCGCGAAAGGGCCUUCUCUUAUUUAUGUAAAUGUAGACUUGAAGGCCAUUCUUAUGACCGAACUAAGGAAUAUAAUGCUUUUUGGUAAGAGAAUUGGUAUUAUAUCUACAAUGGGGACGGGUAUUGUAACGACUUUUCCCCCAUCUGAGCAAAUCAAUUAUUUUAAAAGUGAUCUAGACUAUGAGAGUGUAUAUAAUGUUUUAUUGAGAUCAUUUGAGGAAAAUACCUGGUUUAUUAUACCAACUGAAGAAGCGCGUGCCCUUGUUGGUCAAGCUAUUAAGGUUCACGAAGAAUAUGCAGCGAUUAAGAUUGCAGUUUAUAAUGCUUUAAAAUUACAACCAAAUGCAUCUGUGGAUGAUAUGCUUAAUGAGGUGCCCAUACAGUGCAUUCAAUAUUUUCACAAUAAUUUUGAUGAACAGGCAGUGAAGGAUAUAAUUGAACUGAUAAAAACAAUUUACGGAAACUUUCCUGGGGUAAAAUUAAGUGUGAAUCAAAGGAAAUUUCUUUCUUUAUUUUUCGAAAGACUUGAUAACGAUAAAGUUUGGGAUGUUGUAAGGAAAACUGAAGGGCUGGAAUUUGUACAAUACCCACUUGAAAGAAUGAUCGAGCCGUUAGUUUUACUAAACACGCGUUGUAAAUCGACAAAUGGUUUCAAACAUAAGAUCAAUGGCAACAAAAAAACUAGACCAAGUCAAGAAAUUAGAUUAAACAUUGUUCAUGACGAUUUUCAAAUUCCUAAAAGCCUGAAACAUAUUCAGCUUCGACCAUCUCGACUUUCUAAUACAAUCCCGUCGAUAUUUCAACCUUUAAAUCAAUCUUCUCGAAUUGGUCGAAAUGAACCUCAAAAUACUGUUUAUUCAAGAUUGAAAGCUGUUGAAGAAUUUAUUAAUUCGGCUUGUCAUCAACAACCUUUGGAUCAUUCUAAAUUAGAACAUGUAGAGAGUCUGUGUAAUAAUGCGUUGGAUGAUGCUUUAAGGGUGGAUCUACAGAACUUGGAAGAUGUUAUACGGAUUUUGAUAGAUCAUUCUCGAUGGUCAUUUUUGAGUUAUGAUCGUGAAUCCAUAUAUCAAAAAGAAUUUGAUGUAAUUUUCAACAUGGACUAUGAUGAUAUAAGAAGCUUGCGCGCUUCAACACAUAAGUUGAUUAAAGCCCUCGCUCUGUUAGAUAAUAAGGACAUGGAAACUUGUUUUGGAAUUUUGACUAAGCUCAAAAACUUGAAAUGGGCACAUCAAGUAAUUGGAAGCUUGAUGGUUGGAUCAUUGUGUAAUCGGCAGUCUAAGCUAGGUCGAAAGUCAAAAUGGUUGCGAUCACAUUUAGAAGAACAAGCGCCAUCAAUAUUCUCCAAAAGUUAUACAUUCUCUGAAAAUGAUAAGCAAACCAAGUUCAAAAAUUACGUCAAACAUAAAUCCCAGAAAGAAGUUAUAUGCGUUGAUAUUGAUCCAACACAUCAAGAGAUUGUUGUCGAUGAAUUGAAGCGCCAGUUUAUGCACGCUGUACUUGAAUGGAUUGAUGAGGAAAAUGAGGUUUGUUUGAAAAUGUUUUAG